CACUGAUGCCAGAGAAAACAAGACAGAAAGAGCACAUUUAUUAUUAUAAAGACACACACUGGCAGAAGUACUCAAGUGCAUUUCUCACUUCUCGCAAUUUCCUAACCUCCACCAUGCUUGUAAAAGCGUAAACCAGUAAGCAGUGGAAAAGAAAAACCCAGGGGAGAGGAGAAGCAUCAUAUUCAGCAUUGUAGUCUAAACUCGAAACUUCAUCCAUGGCUAUACAAGUGAACCAGAAAACUUCGAGAGCAGCAGCACAAGCAACAUGGGUUGUAUUAUGGAGCCUAAUCAUGAUCUGCAACAUCACUUUAGCCGAGAGAAUUAUCCAGGACAAGAAAUCAGACAGUCUUGUCGAGAGAGAUGAUGAGAGAAGUGGUGUUCUAGCUAGAGUGAUUCAAUUCAUGUGGCAGAAUGAUAGGUCUUCCUACGAACCUGUCUGGCCGGAGAUGAAGUUUGGUUGGAAAAUUGUAGUAGGAUCAAUCAUUGGGUUUUUCGGAGCAGCUUUAGGCAGCGUUGGAGGGGUAGGAGGUGGAGGCAUUUUCGUCCCUAUGCUCACUUUGAUCGUUGGUUUUGACCCUAAGUCUUCCACGGCAAUUUCAAAGUGUAUGAUCAUGGGCGCUGCUGGAUCAACUGUAUACUACAAUCUGAGGCUUAGACACCCAACGUUGGAGAUGCCACUUAUAGAUUAUGACUUAGCUUUGCUCUUCCAGCCUAUGUUAAUGCUUGGAAUAAGCAUCGGUGUCGCAUUUAAUGUCAUGUUUGCUGAUUGGAUGGUCACGGUUUUGCUUAUUAUCCUGUUCUUAGGUACAUCAACAAAAGCUUUAUUCAAAGGCAUAGACACGUGGAAAAAGGAAACGAUGAUGAAAAGGGAAGCAGCCAAGCUGAUUGAAUCAGAGCCUAAACCAGAGGAAUAUAAAUCACUACCAGCUGGCCCGGCUGACGCGCAAGAUGAAGAGGUCUCUAUAAUGCAGAACAUUUACUGGAAAGAAGUAGCACUCCUUAUGUACGUUUGGGUAGGCUUUCUCGUCGUUCAGAUUGUCAAGACAUACACUGAAAAUUGUUCCGUCACGUACUGGAUUCUUAAUUCCUUGCAGGUUCCCAUUGCUAUAUCUGUGACGCUUUUUGAGGCCGUAUCCCUUUUCAAAGGAAAAAGAGUGAUUGCUUCGAAGGGAAAAGAAAUAACAGUUUGGAAGGUCCAUCAAAUUUCUCUCUACUGUUCUUGUGGGAUUAUAGCUGGCAUGGUUGGUGGGUUGCUUGGUCUUGGAGGUGGUUUUAUUUUGGGACCACUCUUUCUGGAAAUGGGAAUUCCUCCUCAGGUUGCAAGUGCCACCUCAACCUUUGCUAUGGCUUUCUCGUCCUCCAUGUCAGUGGUGCAAUAUUAUAUUCUGGAUCGCUUCCCAGUACCCUAUGCUUCAUAUUUUGUGCUGGUGGCGACCGUUGCUGCAUUCACUGGGCAGCAUGUGGUGAGGAGGAUCAUUGCAAUCCUGGGCAGAGCUUCCAUAAUCAUCUUCAUUCUUGCACUCACUAUUUUUGUCAGCGCUAUAAGUUUAGGUGGAGUGGGAAUAGAAAGCAUGGUUGAGAAGAUGGAAAAUAAGGAGUAUAUGGGGUUUGAGAAUCUCUGUCAUCAUACUUAGGCUUAUUUCGCGUUUCUGUGGCUCUGGAAAUUUUCUCUGGACGACAAUGUUUCAGACAUGGUAAAACCGUCAUCCAUUUGUCCGUCUUCUUCAAGCAAAGAAAAGGCUCUGCAAUAUUUAUGUAAUUUACUUUUGUUUUGUUUUCAUUUCUUUUGUAGAAUCUUUUUGCACUUUGUUCAUUAAAUGUCAACUAAAAGUAUAAAUAAAUGGUUAUUUGAGACC